AUGGCACCCUCAACACCGACAACGGGGCCUUCGUCCCGACUUCUCUCCAUGAAAUUCAUGCAGCGAGGUGCCGCGACCGCCGAUUCUGUUCCCUCCUCCGAAGACGGCUCUUCGAAGCGUCGCAAGCUCUCCCACCAGGCGAGCAAGACCCCGACCCGCGGUGCCGCUGCCGAUACCGAAGUCGACCUCUUCUCCCAAGACAAGAUCAAGGCUGCCGUCGAGGAGCUCGAGGCGAAGCGCAAGGCUGCCGUUGAGAAGCGCGCGGCCGAGCUAUCAGACUCCCACUGGGUUCUCGAUAUGCCGACGGGGACAAAGGGCGGCGCAGCGGCCGGCGCGGGGGCCAAGGCACCGCUGAGGGUGGUUUACGUAGGGUAUGGCGAGAUUGACCGGGCAGGUGGAGACUCGGAUGAGGAGGAGGCUCAGGAUGACGUGCAAACUGGGCGCAGAAUCACGGGGAACUACAAGCGCAAGGAAGACAAAGCGCCGCCCAAGGACGCGCAAAGUGGCUCAUCGGGAGGUGACAGUGAUUCUGACGAGGAAGGAGAAAUAUCAGACGAUUCGGAUGAAUCGCAGAGUCCAGCUCCCAAAGCGAAGGACGUAAAGAAGAAGAAUGGUAAAUUUGGCAAAACGGCCGGGCAGUCAGAGAAGAAGAAGAAGCCAGCUAAGCCGGGAAGGUUAGUGUCCAUCUCCGCCGGCGGUGGGAUCUCGCAAGGCGGUGGCGGUGGUGCCCUUUCCCGGCAGGCCAUGGAGUGCUAUUCGUGCAAUGGACUAGGCCACAGGUCGUCCAAUUGCCCUAACAAAGGGCGCAAACGUCGUGCCGCUCCCUACUAA